CCGGGGCCGUCCUGGCCAGACUCGCGGGCGGGCGGGCGCUGACGCCGCGGGGCCGGAGCGGGCCGCGCGGGAGCGCGCCGAGCGAGCAGCGGCGCCGUCGGUCCCCGUCGGGGCUCGGUGGGUCCCCGGCCCGCCCCCGGGCCGGCCAUGGCGGGCGCCAGGCCCGGCGUCCACGCGCUGCAGCUGGAGCCGCCCACCGUGGUGGAGACCCUGCGGCGCGGGAGUAAGUUCAUCAAAUGGGACGAGGAGGCCUCCAGUCGGAACCUGGUGACCCUGCGCGUGGACGCCAAUGGCUUCUUUUUGUACUGGACAGGACCCAACAUGGAAGUGGACACACUGGACAUCAGUUCCAUCAGGGACACGCGGACAGGCCGUUACGCCCGCCUGCCCAAGGACCCCAAGAUCCGGGAGGUGCUGGGCUUUGGGGGCCCCGAUGCCCGGCUGGAGGAGAAGCUGAUGACGGUGGUGGCCGGGCCAGACCCGGUGAACACGACAUUCUUGAACUUCAUGGCCGUGCAGGACGACACAGCCAAGGUCUGGUCCGAGGAGCUGUUCAAGCUGGCUAUGAACAUCCUGGCUCAGAAUGCCUCCCGGAACACCUUCUUGCGCAAAGCAUACACGAAGCUGAAGCUGCAGGUGAACCAGGAUGGGAGGAUCCCGGUGAAGAACAUCCUGAAGAUGUUCUCAGCAGACAAGAAGCGGGUGGAAACUGCACUGGAAUCCUGUGGCCUCAAUUUCAAUCGGAGCGAGUCCAUCCGGCCCGACGAGUUUUCCUUGGAAAUCUUCGAGCGGUUCCUGAACAAGCUGUGUCUGCGGCCGGACAUUGACAAGAUCCUGCUGGAGAUAGGCGCCAAGGGCAAGCCAUACCUGACGCUAGAGCAGCUCAUGGACUUCAUCAACCAGAAGCAGCGGGACCCGAGGCUCAACGAGGUGCUGUACCCACCCCUGCGGCACUCCCAGGCGAGGCAGCUUAUCGAGAAGUACGAACCCAACCAGCAGUUCCUGGAGCGAGACCAGAUGUCCAUGGAAGGUUUCAGCCGCUACCUGGGAGGUGAGGAGAACGGCAUCCUGCCCCUGGAGGCCCUGGACCUGAGCGCCGACAUGACGCAGCCGCUCAGUGCUUACUUCAUCAACUCUUCCCACAACACCUACCUCACGGCGGGGCAGCUGGCCGGGACCUCGUCGGUGGAGAUGUACCGGCAGGCGCUGCUGUGGGGCUGCCGCUGCGUGGAGCUGGACGUGUGGAAGGGGCGGCCGCCCGAGGAGGAGCCGUUCAUCACGCAUGGCUUCACCAUGACCACCGAGGUGCCGCUGCGGGACGUGCUCGAGGCCAUCGCGGAGACCGCCUUCAAGACCUCGCCCUACCCCGUCAUCCUCUCCUUCGAGAACCACGUGGACUCGGCAAAGCAGCAGGCCAAGAUGGCCGAGUACUGCCGCUCCAUCUUUGGGGAUGCGCUGCUCAUCGACCCGCUGGACAAGUACCCGCUGGCCCCAGGCGUCCCCCUGCCCAGCCCCCAGGACCUGAUGGGCCGCAUCCUGGUGAAGAAUAAGAAGCGGCACCAGCCCAGCACGGGCGUCCCCGGUAGCUCCGUGCGCAAGCGGCCGCUGGAGCAGAGCAACUCGGCCCUGAGCGAGAGCUCUGCCGCCACCGAGCCUUCCUCGCCCCAGCUCGGGUCCCCCAGCUCCGACAGCUGCCCCGGCCUGAGCAACGGGGAGGAGGUGGCCCUCGAGAAGCCCAGCCUGGAGCCUCAGAAGUCUCUGGGGGAGGAGGGGCCGCAGCGGGGCCCUGAUGCUCUUGGACCUGUUGACCGCGAGGAUGAGGAGGAAGACGAGGAAGAGGAGGAACAGACGGACCCUAAAAAGCCCACCACGGAUGAGGGCACCGCCAGCAGCGAGGUCAAUGCCACGGAGGAAAUGUCGACUCUCGUCAACUACAUCGAGCCCGUCAAGUUCAAGUCCUUCGAGGCUGCCCGAAAGAGGAACAAGUGCUUCGAGAUGUCGUCCUUCGUGGAGACCAAGGCCAUGGAGCAGCUGACCAAGAGCCCCAUGGAGUUCGUGGAAUACAACAAGCAGCAGCUGAGCCGUAUCUACCCCAAGGGCACCCGCGUGGACUCGUCUAACUACAUGCCCCAGCUCUUCUGGAAUGUGGGCUGCCAGCUCGUCGCGCUCAACUUCCAGACCCUGGAUGUGGCGAUGCAGCUCAACGCGGGCGUGUUCGAGUACAAUGGGCGCAGCGGCUACCUGCUUAAACCCGAGUUCAUGCGGCGGCCGGACAAGUCCUUUGACCCCUUCACCGAGGUCAUCGUGGAUGGCAUCGUGGCCAAUGCCUUGCGGGUCAAGGUGAUCUCGGGGCAGUUCCUGUCCGACAGGAAGGUGGGCAUCUACGUGGAGGUGGACAUGUUCGGCCUCCCUGUGGACACGCGGCGCAAGUACCGCACACGGACCUCUCAGGGGAACUCGUUCAACCCCGUGUGGGAUGAGGAGCCCUUCGACUUCCCCAAGGUGGUGCUGCCCACGCUGGCUUCGCUGCGCAUCGCGGCUUUUGAGGAGGGCGGCAAGUUCGUGGGGCACCGGAUCCUGCCCGUCUCUGCCAUCCGCUCAGGGUACCACUACAUCUGCCUGCGGAACGAGGCCAACCAGCCGCUGUGCCUGCCGGCCCUGCUCAUCUACACCGAGGCCUCCGACUACAUCCCUGACGACCACCAGGACUACGCAGAGGCCCUGAUCAACCCCAUCAAGCACGUCAGCCUGAUGGACCAGAGGGCCAAGCAGCUGGCCGCCCUCAUUGGGGAGAGCGAGGCUCAGGCUGGCCCGGAGACAUGCCAGGAGACCCAGUCUCAGCAGCUGGGGUCCCAGCUGACCCCAAACCCCACACCCAGCACACUGGACCCCUCCCCCCGCCGGCCCCCAGGCACUGUCACCUCCCCCACCAGUCCGUCCCUCAGCAGCCCAGGCCAACGGGAUGAUCUCGUCGCCAGCAUCCUCGCAGAGGUGGCCCCAGCCCCACUGGACGAGCUCCGAGGCCACAAGGCUCUGGUGAAGCUCCGGAGCCGGCAGGAGCGAGACCUGCGGGAGCUGCGCAAGAAGCAUCAGCGGAAGGCUGUAGCCCUCACUCGCCGCCUGCUCGAUGGCCUGGCCCAGGCUCGGGCCGAGGGCAGGUGCCGGCCCCGGCCAGGUGGCCUAGGCGGGGAGGACGAGAAGGAGGAGGAGAAAGAGGUGAAGCAUUAUCAGGAGUUCCAGAAAAGACAGGUGCAGAGUCUGCUGGAGCUGAGGGAGGCCCAGGCCGACACAGAGAGCAAGUGGAGGCUGGAGCACCUGCGACAGGCUCAGCAGCGGCUCAGGGAGGUUGUCCUGGAUGCACACACAACCCAGUUAAAGAGGCUGAAGGAGACGAACGACAGGGAGAAGAAGGAACUGCAGAAGAUCCUGGACAGGAAGCGCCACAACAGUAUCUCGGAGGCCAAGACAAGGGAGAAACAUAAGAAGGAGGCGGAACUGACCGAGAUCAACCGUCGGCACAUCACUGAGUCGGUCAACUCCAUCCGUCGGCUGGAGGAGGCCCAGAAGCAGCGGCAGGAGCGCCUUGUGGCUGGGCAGCAGCAGGUCCUGCAGCAGCUGGCAGAAGAGGAGCCCAAGCUGCUGGCCCAGCUGGCCCAGGAGUGUCAGGAGCAGCGGGCAAGGCUGCCCCAGGAGGUCCGCCGGAGCCUGCUGGGCGAGACGCCGGAGGGGCUGGGGGACAGGCAUCUGGUGGCCUGUGCCAGCAACGGUCACGCGCCCGGGAGCAGCGGGCACCUGUCUGGUGCUGACUCGGAGAGCCAAGAGGAGAAUACGAAGCUCUGAACGGACUGAGCAAGAGAUGAGGAAACUGAGGCCCAGAGCAGAAGUCAUGACGUCCUGACGUGGAGGCAGGUGGGCCUGGACCCUCCAUGGCAGACUCCGCGGCCCGCCUGGAAGACCUGCUCUGUGCCCCACUCCUGCCUCAGGACCCCGAGGAGAGGCAGAGACCCCGCGGCGAGGCUGCAGCGGGCUUGGUGGCUGGGUCAGGCUGGCACUCCUUCAAGGCCUCUCCCAGCUUCCUGGUGCUUCCCGGGCUGCCUGCCGGCCUUCCUCCUCCAGAGGAAGGCAGCCUCUUAUCUGGGCUUAUCUCCUGCCAAUUGACUGUUUUCUCUCUUUGUUUUUGCUGCAGCCUCAGGCAAACAGAUGGGGUGGGGAGGCCUCGAGUAGGGCGGUCCCAGGGCUGGGGACCUCUGCCCUGGGCCCUACUUCCUCAGGGUUAAUUCUGGGGCCAGGCUUUGUCCUACCCCCAAAUAGGCCCAUUGCAUUCCGGGUCCAGGCCUCUCAGCAGCCAGCGCCUGUCUUCCUGACUCCACUCCCGUCCACACUGUAUGUCAGUCCCCGGGUGCUCAAAGACCAGGCUCAAGUCCAAACUCCUGCGUUUGACAUUCGAGCCCCUCAGAAGCCUGGCCUUUGCUGCUCCCCCAUCCUUCCAUGGGACCACUCUCCCCUCUGCCCGGAAUGACACCCCCUGCCCCAUUUCUCCCUUCAAGUCCCAGCUCUAACUCACCUCCUCCCUGAAGCCCUCCUGACUUUCCCCUGCCGGGGGAAGCCCCGGUUCCGUCCCCCCCCCCCCCGUUAUAGCACCCAGCUGCCGGUAACCCUACUCUCCCCUUGUCAGGAAGCUCAGGAGGGCAGGGGCCGUGGCGGAUUUCAUCCCUGUACGCCCAGUACAAAGCACUGGCUGGUCUAUAGGG